CAUUGAGGCGGGUUAACGGUAGUUCAGCUUGUGAUACUUGUAUGUGGUUUUGCUUCUCUAAUAUACCUGAAGGGCCGAGAUCACUUACUUCUGUGGUUUGACAAAAUGCAACUUAUGGAUCGUUUGGAUUUCUGACACUGCUUGAAAAAAAAUCCUCGUUUCAGAUCAUCAUGCUUAGCAGAUCAAGAAGUGAGCAGAGAACAGCUAAAAAAUCUGCUGCCACACCCUGAUCUAGGUAUGAAUUGCUUGGAACAAAUAGCGUAUUUUUCUCCAUAUGCAGGGUGCACCUCUCAUAUAGACACAGGAAGUUAAAUGAACUGAUGAAUCCUUUUUUCCUCGAUUAGCUGUUAGAACUAUAAGAGUCUGUGUUUGUGUUUUUUUUUCCUGGGACAAAUUUACUAAUCUUUUUGGUAUAUAAUACCAACAUAUUCGAGUUUCUAUACACUCUUUCAAUCCGUUUAAUUUGGAAUUUCCUUCUCUCAAUUGCCCCGAUUUGGAAUAACGGGCAGCUGCUUUAAGAAAAAUGAAGACUGGUAAAUCAGAAACAACUGGUAACAACAAGGAAGAAGCUUCAGAAGAAGGGCUCGACACGCUUGCAAACUUGGCCAUUUUAGGAGGAGAAGGUGGCGGCGAGGAGGCUUCUUCUUCUCAGGCUGCGACAACAAAGCAUCCUCGACACAGACCUGGGUGCACGUGCAUCGUGUGCAUUCAGCCACCGAGCGGCAAGGGCCCCAAACACGAGCAGUCGUGCAUGUGUACGGUCUGCCAGACAGUGAAGCGCCGGUUCAGAACCCUCAUGAUGAACCGCUGGGAGAAGAGGCAGCAAAAGGAGGAGAAAAGAGUGGCAGCUGAAGCCAUUGCACGUAAGAAGCAGCGGCCGCCACUACCAACAACGCACAAUGACCUUGCUGAUAAUGAGGGUGGUUCUCCAGCUUCAGGUCAAACCGCAGAACCUGACCCCACCACCACCGCUGCCACCGGGUCACCUUUCAAAGGUCAAAUAAUCGACUUAAACAUCCAGCCGGAACGGGAGGAAGAGUUUUCAGUACCCUACACACCAAGAGAGCAGCAGCAGAAGGCGGUGUCAUCUUCGACCUCUGCGAGUAAUGAUGGUCAUCGGCAGCAGCAGCACGAGAGAGAGGUAACAUUGCCACCUCCUGGUGAUGAUCCUCUAUCCAGAAGCGACCACGUGGCAACUGAUGACACACCAUCAGCUAUUGAAUUAAGAAGUGCAGCAGCUGACAGAUCUUGCGAUGACAGCAUCUCAUUCGGCAACAGCAUAUGGCUAGCAAAUCGAACAGAAGCCCCUCCUGCUUCUUCUCCUGCCCCAGCUACUACCUGAUACUUUCGACCGGUGGUGGCAACAGCAUCCCUGGAAUGGAAGUCUUGUUGUAGUUUGAUGAUUGUUCGUCCGGCUAGCGUAUAUCCUGUAUAGCAGCAUUCUUCUUCCAAGGUCUGUACAUAAAGGGGUCGGCAUGGGCUGCUUGCGAUUGAGACAACGGUGAAGAAGGAAAGACAGAAGGAAAGCCGCGGUUGAAUUAUCAUGAUUGUUUUCCAAUAGCGGAGGGUUUGAUUUACUUGAAUCAUUUUCUAGCGGGUAGUGAGAUUGAAGCUAAGUAGGAGUUUGACUAUUGUUAGGAACUAGGAAGGGGCUCUCCUCCACCUUCCAUUCAAGAGAAUGUACAUUGUACUUGUCAGUGGGUGUUGUAUUCUUCAGCUUGUUUACUUGCCAGCAUCCGGUUCCUAACAUCACCAUUGACAAAGCAAGAAAGCAGCAUCAGAAGUAGACUCUCCGGUUAGUAAAAUCGCCAUUGGCUGAGCUCGAGAGCUGCAUUUUUCGGAUCUAGACAGGAUCAUCGCGGAUUGAAGAAGGGUAGUGGCGAAAUGUCUCGCUAACUGAUCUCUGUUCAGCUUUGAAGGGGCAACAGAACAGAUAAAGCUCAAGUAGCAGAAGGACUAAGGGGAUCAAGUUGAAGUCUCCUGCUGGCUUUUCCUAAAAGCAUAUUCUUCCUUAAGGUAUGCAACAAUUUGCCCAUACUAGCAGUCACACCUGAUCAUAUUAGCAAACAAGCAUAGGAACAUCAAAACCAGAGAGCCACAGAUCACUCCACAAUAGCAACAAAGGUUUUUCCAUAAUCGUGAUAUAUAUCUCUUACAAUGAAUCAAAGAAUGAAUG